AUGGCACUGGAUGUUCGAGAUCGCGGAACCAUCGGUUGCGCGUACUAUAUUGCGAGGGAGGAGAGACUCUUCUGUCUGGAAGACGUGCCGAAUGGUGGAGUCGAAGUAUCGGAGAAGCUCAAGCUUGAUGUGCAUCCAACUGUCAUUCUUGUCUCGACCAGACACGAAGCCCUGUCAGAGACGCUCAGCCGACCCCAAGCCGUCCACGAAGGCUCGCUCCUCGAUUACAAUUCUCAAACCCGACCCACUCCAUAUAAAGUUGACCUGAGACCAAAUCCAGAGUUCAAUUACGAAGGAGCAUUGGACAAGCUGAGCCGCCUCGGCACGCUGCACGCUGAUACUUCUGUCCAGUUCCUCGCCCCUGGCGACGACGAUACCUUCGAAGGGACUCCUGGAACCCCAGAUUUCGGUCUCUCAAGCAGACAAGGGGCUCUGAUUCAGGUGUCUGCCUGGCUAGACCUCGACAGCAAAGUCAGCAUCGGCUGCUUAGGGGCCGUAAUUGGCUAUCUGCGACGCCGAAGAUCUUCAGAGUAUUUGCAGCACGAUCCAGACGCUCAAUUUGCCCAUCGGAUAUCUUGUCUGGAAAUGUUCACCCUGAAAAACACCAUGUUCGUCAAUGCCGAUACGCUUUCGUCACUCCAGAUCAUCAUGCCUGAGACACAUCCAAAUGCGUUUAAUCAAGGUCCAGGGACAACGGGAUCGAAGGAGUCACUCUCACUUUUGGGUCUCUUCGUAGCGCUGGCCAAAACGCCACAAGGCAAGGCACGGCUCCGGCGGCUCUUUCUCAGACCAUCUAUGGAUAUAGACGAAAUCAACUCACGUCUCGACUUCGUCUCAAUCUUCGCCCGGGCGGACAAUCAGACUAUUUCUAUCAAGCUAAGUAAGAGCCUCAGCAAGAUCAAGAACCUAAGGAACGUCAUGACGAUGCUCCAUAAAGGUAUCGAGGCUGGCAACAAGCAAGGCGGUUUCAAGAGUGGAGUCUGGUCAACUCUCUUGGAGUUUUGUUACUAUACAAUCAGCAUCGUCGAAGAUUUGCGCGAAGUCAUCGGAGGCGAGCAGUUAACUCUUUGCGCUCGAGCUGCUGAGGUGUUGGACCGCUUCCAGCUACAACGAAUUGGCAGAAUGGUCCACGAUGUUGUUGACCUCGAGCUAUCCCAAGAGCAGCGUCGGACAGUUGCCAAACGUGGCAUCGAUGACGCUCUUGACCAGAUCAAAGACGUCUAUGAUGGUAUGGACGACUUACUGUCGCGUGUCGCUCGAGAUGUCGCCCAAACCAUGCCUCCAGAAUUGGACUGUCAAAUUAAUGUCAUCUUCUUCCCUCAACUUGGUUUCCAUAUCACCGUACCGCUUGACGAGGUCACGGGAUACCCUGUCUGGACCGGAGACGGAACCUGGGAGCGAAUGUUCACCACCAAGAAUGUCGUGUACUUCAAGGAGGCGAAGAUGAGACAGAUGGACGCGGAGCUGGGCGAUCUUUGGGCUGGUAUAUGUGAUGCAGAGAUCGAGAUUGUCCACGAUCUGGCUCAGAGAGUGCUACAGGACGAGAAACUUCUGGUCACCGCGUCCGAUCUGUGCGGCGAACUGGACUGUUUGCUGGCACUUGCCCAUGGAGCUGUACAAUACAAUCUCACCAGGCCAAAAAUCGUGGAAGACAGUCGGAUCGAGGUCCGAGGUGGUCGCCAUCUACUCCAGGAAAUGGUAGUAUCCUCAUAUGUCACCAACGACACUAGUCUUGGUGGUGAUCGAAGCCCAAACGUGCUCAUUCUCACAGGACCCAACUACUCCGGCAAAUCUGUCUAUCAAAACCAGGUCGCCAUCAUUGUAUACAUGGCACAGAUCGGCAGCUUCGUGCCCGCUGAUUACUGCACUCUCGGCCUUACAGACAAGAUUUUUACCCGUAUUACCACUACCGAAACCGUAUCCAAGGCACACUCUGCUUUCAUGAUCGACCUUCAGCAAAUCGCCCUCGCUCUCAACACAUGUACGCGGCGUAGCCUGCUGAUCAUCGACGAAUUCGGGAAAGGCACUGACAGCGCAGAUGGCGCAGGCCUUGCCGCUGGCGUGCUACAGCAUCUCCUUGAACUUGGCCAUAAUGGCCCGAUGGUCCUUUUCGCCACCCACCUCCACGAGAUAUUCGAGCUAGGGUUGUUUAUAGAAGAGCCGGGCCUCGCGCACGUCCACAUGAAAGUCUACAUUGAUGAACGCACCAAUGGCAAAAGCCGGCUUGGCGAGAUGCAUGAGCAGGUUACGUAUAUGUAUGAGCUGCGGGCCGGACGCAGCAUGCUCAGCUACGGCGCUCAGUGUGCAGCGAUGAAUGGUGUGCCGAGGCAGGCGGUUGAGCGGGCGGUGUGUUUGGCCGAGAGCAUAGCGAAAGGCGAGGACCUUGUGGUGUCAUGCUCUGGAGUCGGGGCAGCGGAGAUGGAGGACUUGGAACUAGCAGAGCAAGUGUGCAGGCGGUUCCUUGGUGAGGACCUGGGAGAAGCGGUUGAGUUGGUGGACGAACAGGAGGGAUGGAGGGGCAUCUUGGAAGCGGUAUUAGACAUGGAUGCUGAUGAGACGAGCAUGGAUUCUGGAACUGGCAUCUGGCAGGAUGGAAAAGAUGGGAGUGGCGAUACGUCGUUGAUGAAAGAGAUGGGCUCCUCCUGA